AUGGCUGUCGAACUCUAUCGAAUUUCUGGAGUCUCUGUCCCUCCAAAGUGUUUCUACCGACAGCACAGAAUUAUCCCUGGAUGGUGGAAAACGGAGAAAGUCCUGGGAGUAUAUUGGAAGGCACGGGAAGACGUUCUCACCUUCCGAGUGAGUAACUUAGAAGAUGUCGCUUAUACUCGCGUAGGAAUCGCGAGUAAGGUUGCUAGCAUCUUCGACCCGCAAGGAAUGGCUGCCCCCAUGAUCGUCAAGGCGAAGAUCAAGCUCCGAGAGUUGGGCGUACAGGGUCUUCAGUGGCCUGAUCCAGUUGACGGCGAAAAUAGAGUAUGGUGGGAGAACUGGUUUUCAACUCUCCAGCAGCUGAAUGCGGUGGAAGUACCACGAUGUCUCUUCCCGAAUGAGAAAGACAUCGUAAGAACGGAACUACAUGGAUUCGGAGACGCUUCCGAAGAGGCUCAUGCAGCAGUGAUUUACCUCCGCCAUGUAUACAACACCGGAGAGGUCGCGGUGCGACAGGUCCGCGCGACCACGAAACUCGCUCCAAAGCAAACCAUUUCUAUUCCGAAGCUGGAAUUAAACUCCUCUCUACAAGUGGCUAGAUUGGCGAGAACGGUGGGAGGAGCCCUCACUCGGAAGGUCCAUCGGCGGUUUCUAUGGACAGAUAGCAGUACGGUGAGGAAUUGGAUCCGUGCUACAGCCGCAAAAUAUCAAGUGUACGUCAGCCAUCGCGUGGGCGAAAUUCAAGCUCUCACGGAACCGAAUGAAUGGCGCUUUAUUCCAGGUCGGCUGAACCCAGCCGAUAUCGCAACGAGAUCCAUCUUAGUGGCAGAGGCGCUGCCGAGUUGCUGGUGGAAAGGUCCAGAGUUCCUGCAUCUACCCGAAGAUCAGUGGCCAAAGGAUCUGCCGUGGAUGGCGGUGCUGGAUGAGAUACGUCCAGUCCGGGCGCAACAGACGAACACCCAAACCUCCAGUUUGGAUUGGGACGGUAUAAAAAUCGAAAUCGACGACCUUCCGUCUUUAGUACGUUUGGAAGGAGGUUACCUAGAGCUCGUGAAGCGCUGUCAGGAAGAGGCCUACUCGGAGGAGAUCUGUCGACUACAAUCCGGAAAAUGGCUCCAAAAGAGUUCCAGUCUUCUAUCUUUAGCUCCAAUUUUAGGAGCAGAUGGAUUGGUACGGCUUGGUGGGCGCGCCGGGAGGGCGAAAUUACCGUACGAGGAACUUCACCCCCCUCUGCUUCCGGCAAAGCAUCCAUUCACCGCCACUAUUGUCCGUGCGUUUCAUUUGUCGCUGAAGCAUGUUGGAACGGAUUACCAAAUCUGUUUCAUCCGACAGCAUUUUUGGAUUCCCGGAGGCCGCGAACUUGUUAAGAGGAUCCGUCGGGAGUGUGAAAAAUGCCGGCGAGAAAGAGCAAAACCGGGAGAGCAGAUAAUGGCGGAUCUACACGAAUCAAGACUGGAAUUUGGGUCUCCACCCUUCACCAGGACAGCCUGCGACCUUUUCGGGCCCAUCGAUGUUUUGCUGUCGCGGAACCGGACUGCCAAACGAUGGGGAGUCCUAUUCACUUGUCUGGUGACGCGGGCAGUUUACUUGGAGAUGGUUACUACCCUCUCUUCCGACGACUUUCUUCUGAUCUUACGGAGAUUCAUUGGUCUCUACGGCCAACCUCGGGUGUUCCACACAGAUAAUGGCACCAACUUUGUCGGCGCUGAACGAGAACUGAGAGAAGCGGCGGCCGAACUGUUCAAGGACCCAGAGGUGGUCCAAUUUAUCCGCCGAAAGGGAAUGCAGUGGAAGUUCCAGCCUCCAAGAACGCCUCAUUUCGGGGGAGCCCACGAAUCUCUCGUGCGGUCAGCCAAGAGAGCGUUGUACGCUGCAUUAGAUGAAGAAAAGAAGUCUCUACGUCACCCGACAGAGGAGACGCUUCGUACAAUGUUGUAUGAAGUAGCGGGGCUACUGAAUGGUAGGCCCCUGACCGCGGCUAGUGAAGAUCCAGAGGAUUUACGCCCCCUGACACCCGCGGAUUUCCUCAAUCGUGCAAAUACGGCCAGCCCACCACACGGUACUUUCGACGAUGCUCUACCGAAAGAGCAUUACCGUUAUCUCCAGCGAGUACUGAACGUUUUCUGGGAUCAUUGGAGGAAAGUGUAUCUCCAGUCGCUGGCGGGACGUUCGAAAUGGAAAAAGCCGACGACUAAUUUUGCCGUCGGAGACCUAGUCUUAGAGAUAGACAAAUCAUCAAGACGAAGCCAAUGGAAUCUCGGCCGCGUUGUUGACGUAUUUCCCGGUCCGGAUGGAUUUGUUCGUACCAUCCCGGUGAAGAUGGAACGCGGUACGUUUCGCCGAGGGAUCGGAAACUUCGCCCUGCUGGAAGCAGCAUCCGCCGAACCUGCUCAAGAGUCGCCGGAUGCGGGGGAGUAUGGUGUGUCGCCAGCAUAG